AUGGACAGCAGAGUCCCUUCAGCUCUGGAGCUACCCCAACGACUGGGGCCAGACCCGAGGGACAGUCCAAAGAGUCCAGGAGGGGGAAAACAGUACCUGCUGAGCAGCAUGGCUGCAGUCCAGACCCUGGCCAGUGUUGUCCGCCCUUGCUAUGGCCCCUACGGCCGGCAGAAGCUCCUGGUGACCACUAGAGGAGAAACAGUGUGCACGGGGCAUGCUGCUGCCAUCCUCAGGGCCCUGGACCUGGGGCACCCAGCAGCCCGGUUCCUCCGGGAAGCAGCCCAAACCCAGGCAGAGAUCAGUGGAGAUGGCACGACCUUCAUGGUUCUUCUGACAGAAGCCCUGCUGGAGCAAGCAGAGCACAUGCUGAAGGCUGGCCUGCCUCGCUCCCAGCUCCGGGAGGCCUAUGCCACAGCCACCGCAGAAGUCCUGAACAUGCUGCCUUCCCUGGCCAUCCGAUCUCUGGGGCCUUUGGAAGAUCCGACCUGGGCCCUCCAUUCUGUGAUGAAUACCCACAUCUUGUCCCACGCCGGCUACUUGACUAGGCUGGUGGCCCAAGCAUGCUGGGCUUCCCAGGAGCUGGACAGCAGCUUCAAGCCUGCGCACAUUGGGGUGUGCACGCUGCGUGGAGGGGCGCUGGAGGAUUCCUGCCUGCUACCGGGGUUAGCGAUUUCUGGGAAACUCUGUGGGCAAGUGGCCACAGUGUUCAGUGGUGCCAGGGUCGCUCUCUUUGCUUGCCCCUUUGGUCCUUCCAGUCCAAAUGCACCAGCAACUACCCGUGUCACUAGCCUUGAUGACCUAGUGAAAUUUAGGAAAGAAAGCGAGCAAAUACUAGAACAGCAAGUUGCCCUGCUGGCAGCUGCAGAUAUUAACGUGGCAGUGGUAUUGGGGGGAAUCGAUGAGAGGACCCUUGCACUGGCAGACAAGUAUGGCAUCAUGGUGAUUCAAGCCAGCUCCCGGAGAGAGAUAGUUUACCUGAGUGAGGUAUUUGGCACACCUCUGCUGACUGGUCUGCUUCCUCCCCAGCAGCCAGGGAGGUGCCAGAAGGUUUACAGACAGGAGCUGGGAGAAGGCUCAGCUGUAGUAUUUGAAUGGGAAUGUACAGGCUCACCUGCCAUCACUUUGGUCCUCAGGGGGGCUACUGUUGAGGGGCUGCGGGGUGCCCAGCAGGCUGUCUACUAUGGCAUUGAUGCCUAUUUCCAGCUGUGUCAAGAUCCCAGACUCAUUCCAGGAGCUGGGGCCACAGAGAUGGCUCUGGCAAAAAUGCUCACAGAUAAAGGAAGAAAGUUGGAAGCGCCCAAUGGUCCCGCAUUCCUAGCAUUUGCCUGGGCCCUGAGGUCUCUUCCUAAAACCUUGGCAGAGAAUGCAGGCUUAGCUGCCUCGGACGUGAUGGCAGAAAUGUGUGGAGAUCAUCAACUUGGGAACUUCCUAAUUGGAGUGGGAGCUGAAGGGAAAAUAAAUGUGGCCCAGGAAAGGGUUUGGGACACCCUAAGGGUCAAAGCCCAAGGACUUCGAGCAGUAACCGAGGUGGUGCUGCAGCUCCUAACUGUAGAUGAGAUUGUCGUAGCCAAGAGAAAUCCCACACAUCAGCAGACUUUGAAUCCUGGCUCUGAGAACACAAAGGAGCGUCCACCUCCCACGAGAAAGAAAAUCCUUGGGAAGAAUAAGUAG